CUGUUCUACUGCUGGUCAUACAGUAGCGUGCGAUCGAAACGGUUAGGUAAAAUUUCUGUACAUAAUCACCCAAAUGUUACUUCUGUAUCCGAAUUUGUUAGUUUUUCUCUUCCAGAUGCGGAGACUGCUGUCGAGAAUGAUCCGUUCUCGGUGUAUCUUGGAAUUGACCCUUCCGCCCCUAGCUUACAAUUGGGAAACAUGGUGGCUUUACUGGGACUUUUACGCUGCCAUGCUACUGGCAAGAACGGAAUUCUUAUAGGUACAAGUACUGUUUCUGUCGGGGAUCCAAGUGGGCGCUCAGACAAAAGAAUGCUGGAGCCAAGUGAGAGAUAUCUUUCCAACGCGGACCGUAUCGAGAAACAACUACGGACGAUAUUCCAUAACUAUCUUGAACAAAUUCCUUUCUUGCAGUGUGUGUGGAACAGCGAUUGGUUGACCGGUGCGAACAUGAUGACUUUUCUCACCGAUAUAACAUCGCAUUUUCGAAUGUCAGAUGUGAAACUUCGAUUGAGCAGUGGCACGGGAAUGGAUUUGAGCGAGUUUCUUUACCCGGUACUGCAGGCAAUGGAUUUUUUACAUCUUUAUCAAAAAUUCGAUUGUCAGAUACAGGUAACGUGUUCUGUGCCAUCAUUUGCGUUACUUCUAUUAUUUUAUUGCGUGCAGAUCGGCGGCCAUGAUCAGCUUGGAAAUAUAAACUGCGGCCUGAACUUGAUCCGUCGGAAGUUGAACAAAUUUGCAUUUGGUAAGUCGAAUCUACUCGUGUUUUUCUUGCUUCGGUUGCAGUUCCCCAUUUUGGCACGGAUCUUCUCGAGCAAGAACAACAAACCAGUGACUCCUAUGCAGUGGAGUAAACUCUGUCCAUGGGUUUCCACCCUGUGGGCGGUAUACCACUCAUCCCGGUAG